AAUUAACCACACUCGUUCAAUAUCUUUGUCAAGUACACUCAUUACGACUUCCCUGACAAAACCCUCCACUCCUUUCGCGAGGUACCCUCGCUUCUUAACUCACUCACCAAACUUCGGAGCGCAUGACCGAGACGCCAUAGCGAGGUAGAAUGAGAACAUCUUCAGUGUUGGCCGCCGCCUUGGUGGCGGUCUCGUCGGUGGUGGCUAGUCAGGAGGCAGGGAAGUCAAAGUUCUAUUUCCCCCGCCAUGUCAAGCGGCAGGUCACCAACGCGACAACAACGUCGCAUGAAAGUGUGCCGCCAUCCACCUCGUUAGACACGACCAAGAGGCAGUCCAACUCGGAAUCGGACUCGUCGAGCGACUCGGGGGUUACAACCGUUGUGGUUCCCGUCACGGUCAUUGUCUCGCCGCCUUUCCCAAGUCCCACUUCGGAGUCGUCCUCCACCACGGGAAGCGCAUCCAGCAGCAUAUCCUCGAGCGAAAGCACAUCCGAUCGCAGUACUAGCGAGCCAUCGGACAGCAGCUCCGCCAGCGACAGCUCGUCUAGUAGUUUCUCAUCGUCCAGGGGCCCCGCUCGCACCACCUCGACAAGCGACAGCUCGUCUGAGGAGACCUCUACGGAGAGCUCAUCGGAGGAGGCUUCCUCUACGGAGAGCUCAUCUGAGGAGACUUCCUCUACGGAGACAGCGUCCGGCAGCACCAGCUCACCCGCCGACGACUCAUCGAGCGAAACUUCGACCACCGAGCCCGAGCGGCCUUCCUCGACCGUGCUGCUGCCGGUUCCCGGCAAUAGUACGAGCAGCACUCUGGACGACGAGCCCACAUCCUCCAGCAGCACAACGGACGCCGAGGAAACAACGGCAUCCGAGGAGCCCCCGGUCCCAACGACAAGCACAUCCGGAAUUCUGAUAGCUCCAACUGGAAUCGUGACCAACUCCAGCAGUUCUGAGCCUGGCAACCCGCUCAGCUCUAUCAUUGGCGGUAUCGGCUCGGCCAUUUCUAGCGUUUUUGACCCGUCGCCAAAUGCCACCACCACCACCUCUGUCCUUGGUCCCACUGACGGUAUCACUGGUCCCGGCACAGGUGUUUCAACAACUGGGCCAGCGACUGUGACCGAGCCACCCGUGUCAGAGACCGAGCCGCCUGUGUCGGACACCACGACCAUCAGCGAACCGGUAUUGCCUCCAGUUACAAACGCGACCGUCUCGUCGACUGAAAGCACGACCACACCAGGCCUGCCCAACUCGUCGACUGACAUCCCAGGUACCGGCACCAACACAACGUCGGCUUUCACGCCGCCGCCAGCGCCUACCACAUCGGGCGGCUUUUCUGGCAACGGUACCAUUCCGACCGGCAACAGCACGACGCCGCCGGAGACGUCGCUCCCGCCGACUACGAUUACCAGUGAAUCAAGCACACCCAUCACCACCACCACCACCACCAAGGAAUCUGGCGUUACGAGCAUUCCGGGGAUCACCACAGCCGAACCCACGGAACCGUAUAUCCCGUCGACGAUUAUUGUGGACCCCAGUUCGACCACGGCCUCAGGAUUAGUACCGACCGCGUCGGCGAGCGGUAUUCCGACCCAAUACCCCUCGGCAAUCGCACCUAACAGGCCUCCGAUUGAGCAGCCUGAUGAUACGAGAGACAUCCAAAUUGGAUUCCACGAGGGAUAUAAUUAUCCGUUUGUCGUUCAGGAAAACAAGGCUGCGGCCCAAAUUUUCAAGUUCCUUCCUCAGGCUCUGAGCGAAGCGGGCGAGUUCGACCUCAGCAAGGCCCAAGUUAAGCGCCUGGUCCCGAUGGAUACGGGGAAUUCGCUAGGCUACAUCACAACGUGCGCGAUCGUGUCGUAUCCAAAGAGACUGGUGGACAAACUGGCUAUCGACAUCAAGCACCCGAACUCGCUUCUGUACAACAAUGACAACCAGCUCAUCUACAACCUCACGCAGCAGAUCAACCCGGCGAUCCCCAUCGAAAUAGGCCAGUUCCCCGACGGCGUGACGGGCCCCACGGGUGACUCUGCGGGCGGCAACCCCGACGGCGACAGCGGCGGCUCCAACAAUGACCCCUUUGGCGGUAGCGGCAACUCUGAAGGCCAGAGCAGUGCGCAGCGGGGCACGACGGCAGGCAUUGUCAGCGGUGCGGUUGCCGUGGCUGCCGCAUACGGCGUGGUCAUGUUUGUUGUGGCGCGGCGGUACAAGCGUAAGAAGCAGUCGCACCGGCGCGCGAGCUCUAUCAGCAACCCGUCCGAGAUGAGCGAGGCCGGCCGCGGCGGCGGCAGCCCCCCGCUCAUGGGCGGUGCCCUGCUGAGCCGUGACUUCACGAGCAGCUACGGCGCCAUGCCGGCGGGCGGGCGAGACAGCCACGGCAGCGGCGGGAGCGGUGCGGGCAACUCGGGGCGGACACAGUUCAUCUCGGCGCCCGUCGCGGCCGGAAACUCGCUCGGCUGGAACUGAUGUGUCCUCCCCACA